ACUGCGAGGUCGCUCCUUUAUCUGACCAAUGAGAAGUCGUCUUGCUUCUCAUCCGGGUUGUGGAUAGUGGCAAGCAUGGCGCCACCAGUGAGGUACUGCAUCCCCGGCGAACGUCUGUGUAACUUGGAGGAAGGCAGCCCCGGCAGCGGCACCUACACCCGGCACGGCUACAUCUUUUCGUCGCUGGCUGGCUGCCUGACGAAGACCAGCGAGAAUGGCGCGCUUCCCGUGGUGUCAGUAAUGAGAGAAACAGAGUCCCAGUUACUUCCAGAUGUGGGAGCUGUUGUCACCUGUAAGGUCUCUAGCAUCAACUCACGUUUUGCCAAAGUACACAUCCUGUAUGUGGGAUCCACACCGCUUAAGAAUGCUUUCCGAGGAACCAUCCGCAAGGAAGAUAUCCGGGCAACUGAAAAAGACAAGGUAGAAAUUUACAAGAGCUUCCGGCCAGGUGACAUAGUUUUGGCCAAAGUUAUCUCCCUAGGUGACGCACAGUCCAAUUACCUGCUGACUACUGCUGAGAAUGAGUUAGGAGUUGUGGUGGCCCACAGUGAGUCGGGUGUCCAAAUGGUUCCCAUCAGCUGGUGUGAGAUGCAGUGCCCCAAGACCCACACUAAAGAAUUCCGAAAAGUAGCCAGAGUACAGCCCGAGUUCUUACAAACCUAAGCUUACUUUACCCCAAAGAGGAAUUCAACUGUUGCUAAAAGUACAUGUGUGAAAAAACCA